UUUCUGAGAUCUAUUUUCUCUCUCUCUCUCUACAAGCUUCAUAGCUUGUUCAUCCAGACUUCAUUGAUGAAUCUUAUUUGCUCUGGAAUAUAAAUCUUUGAAAUAUGGUUUGAAAUGAAUUGUUCUACCUAGAUCGAUUCUAUACACAUCAAAACUUUCAAACAUCUUUUCUUAAUCAUUGGAGCUGUUGAAGGCAGAGAUUGGAGUGAGGAGCUUCGUGAUUGCUAUUCAAUCAAUGAAGGUUGACAUUGUCAAAGCCAUUUUGGACUGGGGAUCAAGCUUGUUGAAGCUUGUGGUGAACUCAAUGGUGAACUCAAUGGUGAGGUAAACUUGGGUAGGGGUUGUAUUUCCUUAAACUUGAGUCUUUUAACUGUCUGAUUCAUUAGUGGAUUUGUUGAGGGUGUUGGGAUUGUGGUUUUCAUCCCUUGAGAGAGUUAUCUCAUAGGCUUUCCAUUCCACGUAAAUUCUUGACUCUCAUGAUUGAUUGCUAUGUGUUGAUUAAAUGACUCAAUGGGUGAAUUCAUGGAUUAGAUUGUUUAAUUUCCAUAUUGUUAGCUUGAUUAAUUGAUUGGUUAAUGAUUGUGUUUUUUAUUGGCAUGAAAUCAAUUAAUCAUUUGGGUAAUUUCAUAAUUAGCAUCAACUAUUAAAAUUGGCCUAUUCACCUUUUCUAGGCACAAUUCCGUUGGUGCUUUGUCAUUUCUAUUGGCAUUCGGUCUUGAUCUAGAUUUGUUGGAUAUGUUAAGAAACUUAUUGUACUUCAACAUUUAUCCUUUAUUUUUGCAUCAAGUCAUUGAUCCUUUUUUCUUGACCAUGUUCUGUGGAAUAGAAACUAACUUUAGAGAUGUUAUCAACCUGAACAACUUUUGCUUUUAAAAUCAAAAUGGGACCAUGUGACAGUUAAUGAGCGUGAAAGACUAUAAUUUAUGAUGAGAGAACAGUUAAUGAGCAUGAAAGACUAUAAUUUAUGAAAGAGAGAGAGACAGAGACAGAGAGAUGUAUGCAUAACUCCUUGUCCUUGUAUCUUUUGGCUUGAAAUUGCUUUUUAACACAACCUAAAUCAUAUUUGAUUCAUUGACGACCUAGGUAUCUAUAGCAGGUUACAGUUCUGGACUCCAAAAUUCCAUGGUUGCGUGGAAAUAAAAGGGAACAUUCUUGGGGUCACCGUGUUCAUCCAAGCACCGCACUAUGCUUAAUAACCUGAAGUUUGUGCAGAUUCUUCACUGGAGAAGAUACUUACAUCUUUCAAAGUGAGGGGAUGCAAGUGUUUAUACAAAGUCAAGCUACAUACAAGUAAUAUCUAUGGAUCAGGUCUUAGUGAUUUAAAUGUUGGCAUACUACUUUGUUUGAUAGAUGAAAAUGGUGACUCCAUCUUACAAAGGAUACCGGCGAGUAUGAUUAAAGAACAUUCUAAUCAAUUAGAGGACAAGAUUGUUUCUGAUGUACUCCAUUAUCAAAGGGGUUCUGUUGGUGAGUUCGCCUUUGAGGGACCUAAACUAGGGCAAGUUGAAGCUCUAUGGAUCAGUCUUGAAUCAGGUCAGUGGAGACUAGGAGAUGUUAGCUUAAUUGUCACUUUCCUGUAUCAACCAACAUCAAGAGAAAAUGGCGGAAAAGAAAUUCAAUAUAUUGGUUUUGAAUACAGAUUUGAGGUUGAGGAUACCUUUCUCUGUGAGGGAAGUGACAUUUCCAUUCCGAAACUGAGGCCUUGCCUAGUUAGAGAGUUUUCUUGGGACAACUUGACCUUGUUAAGUGAGUACCUCUUGCAACCUACAUCAAUUGUGAGUGACAGUGGAAUAACAAAUGAAGAAAGCAUGAGAGAGUAUGCGGAUUUGAAGUAUUCUUUGUUACUUAAUGAUAGUUUGCUUGUACUUGUUGGCUCAUCAAUUGCAUUCUUUUCAGUUGGGAAAAAUGCUGCAUUUGCGUUCUUAGGUUGUGGGAUUGGUUUAUAUCUAUUAUUGCUGUAGAGGUCCAUUGAUGGAUUACCAGCUUCUUCUGCAUCAUCAGCAUCAAUAAACAGAAGAGGGAAAUUUUCUCAAAUGUUCGGAAGAUUUAGGGGUCUAGUUUCAAGCCUAGUAUUAGCUUUUGUAUUUGCUACUAUUGCAGUGUAAUAUGGUUCUGGAGACAGUGGUGGCAUGGUGUUAACACCGAAAGAAGUCAUGUUUGGGAUGCUAGGAUUUCUUGGAUGUAAAGUGGUUGUGGUGUUGGCAGCAUUCAAAACCAUGCCAAUGGGUUUAAAGGAGAACGAGUAACAGUAUAUAUAUUUUUUUAUGUGUUUAUCUAUUUUGUGUUUGUGUGUGUGUGUGUGUGUGAGAGAGAGAG